AAUAUUAUUUAUUUUAGAGUGUAGACUGUAGUCAAUAAAUAGUGUCUUUAAAAUUUUCUUCAGAUUAUGCUCGUCUCGUCAGACUAAACUCGAAAAAAAGUAAAUUACAAUAGAGUUUAGUUUAGUUAUGGUAAAAUCGCGUUAUGUUAAGUGAAAACUGGAGCUUCAAUCUGUACAUAGGUCAUUGGAUUUUUGAUCAAUGAAUUUCUUUGUAAUUUUAAUCUAAUAAAGUUAUUGCAAACUCUAUUGUCUUUAAACGAUAUGGUAGUCCAUAAGAUUCCUAUUAAGCAUGAUGAUCCUCAAAUACAUAUAAUUCCACCACAAUCGACAGAUAUUCAAAGAGCUUCGAAACCAGUACCCCUUGUGCGACAAGCACCCGUGUUUGAUUUAGAAGUGAUUACAAGUGACAACUUUGUACCAUGGAAAAACACGUUUAAUAUGCGUCAAGUAACACUAGCUAAUAUAAUUGACGUGGCUAAUGGUAAUGAUAAAGUGUCUACAAAAGCAUCUAAGAUGAGAGCAAAAAAUUUGGUCAAUGCUGCCAAAUCUUUAGAUUUGCUGAGACAAAAUUUGCAGAGCUCGAUCAAUAAAGAAAUUGAUGAUAUCAUUAGGAAAUAUCUAACUACAUAUUUUGGAAUGGCAAUUGACAACGUCAAAAACAAUUUGGGCUCAAACAGUAUGACUGAAGAUCAUGUAAGAGAAGUUUGCCGGACUAUGUUAGAUGAAGCGAAACUCAUGUAUUCUAACCCGCCUUUAUCAGGUAGUAACUCACCGUUCAAUACCGCACAAACUACUGAUAUGCUAAUUGAAUCUCGAUUCGCCAAACCACAUUCCGAUGAUCGAUCUCCAUUGAAACGUAAAGAACAAGAACUCGAAGACAAUCUUUCUCCUACCUUAGAACAAAAGUCUACGCAACCUCCUUUGGCAAAAUAUCAAAGAUUUCAUUCGGCUUGGGAUCCUUCAAAAAUUCAUUCCCAAACACUUUUUGUUUUAGCUACAAGAACAAUUAAGAAAGGUGGACGUGUCUGUAACAAACAUCCUGAACUAUUUCAAUAUACUAUCGACUUAGAAGACCGCGAUUGGUUAAUAAAGCAAAAGUUAUUUAAUUUGCCACCACCUUCGCCAUCAAAUUCUGUAUCUUUACUGCUUUUGGAAGAUGUACAGUACUUAUUAAACAAUGGCAAUCACAAGAAUAAUUCUCAUGACCUUAGGGGCUUUGAAUUACCAGAGUUCAUGUUGAAUAAAGUACGUUCAACAAUGAUUUUGAAGAAACCUGCAGACAUUCAGUCUCCACCACAGCAAAUUGUUGUUAAAAUGGAAAAUACUGAAAUUGAAGAACAAACGGCUUGUAGUAUAACUUUAAACGAAAAUGCUAAUCCAUCUAUCAGGCAAUCAUCAGGUCAUUCAGAAUCAAGCAGUAUAAUUAUAUCAGGAACAUCUACGACGCUGGCAGAAGCGUUAAACAUGCUCGAGUAUGGUGAAAGAUUGCCUCAACACAAUGAAAUUUCACAUUCAUCGUCAAACAAUAACACAGGUUUGGCCACCACACAUUCCACACUUACCGCGCUGUUGGCUGCAGAAAACAAUUUUAUGCCCAACAGCGGCAAUGGUAUUCAAUCCAGAAAUAACGUCACACAGUUUGGGAUGUAAAUUUGUUUUUAAUUAUAAUUUAUUACGAUCCACUCUAGUCAUUUUUCUGCUGGUUUGUUAAUUCACUGUUUAAUUAAACUACAAAUGUACGGACAUUUUAAGCUGUAUUUUUUAGUUACUGUAAAAAAAAAAAUGUAUUUAUGAUUUGUUCAUAAGUAUACGUAUAUCAAUUACGAUACAUAAUUUAUUAUUAUAAUCUUAUUUAUAUUUUUGUUGUGUAAUUGUUUUUGAUUAGAAAUGCACUAAAAUUUAUAGCAUAUAAUGUCACGAGAAUAUGAUUACCUACAUUUUUGUUAUAACAAUAUUCCAUGGAAAAAGGUACCUUAUCUUCUCAGAGCAAAUUGUUCAGGAGAGCCAAAACUAACUUUUUACUGACUAACUAUUUAGAAGUUCCAACUUAAAAACUUCAUAACUUUUGAACAGAUCGAGAUAUCACUGUGAUCAUUGUAAUCAGCAGCUAAUCGUCAACAACAAAAUUCAACCUCGAUUUUGAAAAAUGGAAGAUGAGGUACCUUUUCCUAUGGAUGGAGUCACAUAUAACGAUAAACAAUACUUGUUUUAGUCAUUUUAGUAAUAAAUAUAAAUAUAUAUAUAUAUAUAUAGGUACAGAUAUUACAC